CCUCAUCAUCAUCUCACUUUCAUUCAUUUGUUAUGAUGAUCUUUAUCCACUUCACUUGAAAUUCAGUUUCAAUCUAAUAUUUUUUUCCCAUUGAAUCUUUUGUCUAUUUCUAAUUGUUAUCACUUAUCCUUUUUAAUUAAUUGUUCCAAUGUUGAUCAUGAUUAUCAAUCUAUGAUCAAGUUAAUUGUUUUAUCGUAACAAUAGUCACCAUAGUGCCAAAACCUAUGGUUGGAUUAGUUAAUUGUUGUUGAUUAUAUUUUGUUCAUUUACUUUCCUUUUAUUCAAUCAAACACUCAUCAACAUGGAUAUUGAUUUAAUUUAGUUUUCUUCAACUCCGAUCUAAAUUGCCGUCUUAAUUUUGUCUUCUAAUUGUUGUGGUUUAUUAACAUAAUCAAUAUUUUGCACAAUCAAUUAUGCUUCUAAUUGUUUCAGUAUUAAUUGUGUUUAAUUGUUUACCAUCCAUCAUAUCCAUUGAUUCUGGUCUUGGAUGGGAUUUACGUCCAAAUGAUUUAGAUUUAGGUUUAGGUGAUUCAAUUGUGAUCAAUUGUUCAGCUCAUGGUAAACCAAAUCCAACCAUCUCAUGGUUUAGAGUUGUUAAUUCAUCACAAGAUCAAGGAGAUUAUUACUACAAGCCUAUUGGUCAUGGAUCAACGUACACAAUUGAUUCAGUUAAAUUAGAGGAUUCUGGUCAAUAUGAAUGUAAAGCAACAUCUAAUAAAGAAUCAAUUAAUUGGAUGUUUCUAAUUAAAGUCUAUGAGGGACCUCGAUUUUCAAUCAAACAUAAUCGGGUUACUGCCGCUCGCGGGACCAAAGUGACCUUAUCUUGUGAGGCUUCUGGUACUAAGCCGAUAAUCAAUACUUGGCAUCGGCAAUUUUCAUCCGGCAAAUUGGAGCCAAUUGAAUUGUCAUCGUCAAGUCAAUCACGUUACAUGAUUAACGAAGGAGAUACCGGGAAAGAUCACAAUCGAAGUUUGUUCAAUCUUCAUAUCGAUAAAGUUCAAUUAGACGAUUCUGGUUCUUAUCUUUGUAAUGCUAACAAUGAUUUCGGUGACGAUUCAAUGAUUAACGUUCUAAUUGUUCAAGAUGUUCCAUCAAUUGUUGAAGGCUUGAAAAUCGAUACAAUUUGGACUCGAUCAAUUACUCUCCAAUGGUCAGCAGCCCAGCCUAAUGGGUCGCCGAUAAUUAAUUAUAUCCUCGAAUAUUGGCCUGGAAAUGGUACUUUGAGUGAGAAAACUGAACAAGAAUCAAUCAUCGGUUCACAAUUAACUCAUCAAAUUAAAGAUAAAUUGGAACCUGGGACAGUUUAUUCACUUCGUAUGAUCGCUGAAAAUUCAAUUGGACGGAGUUUACCUUCAUCGAUAAUCACAUUUAACACCAAAGAAGAGAUUCCCAAUGGAACACCGAUCGAUAUUAAAGUUGAGUCCAAGACAACCCGAUCAUUAGAAGUGACCUGGAAAGCGCCUUUAAUCAACCACUGGCGAGGAAAAUUAAUUGGUUACCAUUUAACUUACAAAGAAUCAGCUGAUUCAAUGUUAGCAUCUAGCGACUUUGAAAUUAGCUCUUACAGUUUGAUUGACAUUUCAUUCACCGGCGAACCAAGUAAUAAGUACCAACAAAAAUGGACAAUAACUGGACUUAAAGCGGGAACAACUUAUUCAAUUCUAAUUCGAGCUUACAAUUCCGCCGGUGAAGGUCCACUUUCUCCUCCAAUAUUUUCAUCUACUUCGGCUUUUGAUCCACCUAAAGCUCCAAUCAUCAGAAAUGCUGAGAAAAAGGAUUCUGGCUUCGUAGUUAAAUUAGACGAACCCUCGUCCAAUAUUAAUGUCAAUUAUUAUAAAAUCUACUAUAAGGAAGAAAACUCUUCAUGGUUAACUAAAUCAUUCACAGUUUCCAAAUCAAAUGAAUAUGAAAUCGAUGGACUGAAAAGUAACACUUGGUAUUAUAUUUACAUGAUAAUCGAUUCAGAUCAUGGAGUAAGUGAGCCCAGUCAAACGAUAAAUGUGAAAACAUUAGCGGACUCAUUCAAUUCAGAUUCUUUGAGCGAUCAACAUGAUUACAAUUACGAGAAUGACCUUCGAAGUGCUAAAUAUUAUGGUUCCUUCAUCGUGAUUCCAAUUGCGAUAACAAUUAUCAUCGUGGUGGUCAUUUGUGCAGUUGCCUAUGUAUUUGUCUACAUAGAAGAACGGAAAACUGACCUUAUCAGAUCAAAUUACAUGACGCACACACCGGCCACUAAUUUCCAAUAUCUUAGUCCAUUACCAGCCUCGGCGACACUUCAUCAUCCGACCAUGAUGUCCACAGACAAUAGUGUCUUAAGUUUGCAUCGAUAUGCCAACGAUACGAUCGAUCGAGGUCAACCUUUGAUACCUCGAACUUUGAUCUCGAAUAAAGAUUUUGAUACACUCAAGUGUUAUUACACUAAAAGGACAAUGGUACCUGAGAAUAUGAACCAAGAAUACUCGACACCUUAUGAGGCGAGAAUUUUUCGGGAACGAAGUUCAUCUUUACCUCCAGUUCCUCAAUCGAUGCAAGAUAAUCAACGAAUCGCAGCAACAAUUAACUCCACCCGUCAAAUGCCAUCUCAACAUAUCUACAUGAACGGGUCACAAUCGUCGUUAGCGUCGGUGGACGAUUGCGUUAAAUCUGACACGAAUCAAACACAAAAAGAUUCUGAUCAUCGUUAUGAUUACUUUAAUUUCUUAUGAUUUUCCCUUCGAUUGUUGAUCACCAAUCAACAAUACGAAUCACUGUGAUAGUUGUUUUCUAAUUGUACCAUUAAUCUUGACAAUCAAUCUUUUUCACUCUGUAAAUUGUAAUCAACACUAAUUGUUAAACAUUUUUUGAUAACAAAUCAACUCUGAUUUGACUUUUUUACUAAUCACUUUUUGCCUCAAUUUUAUCAAAAUCAAUGUAACUAAUUUAAACGAUUCCUGAUUAAAAUGAACACUUCCAAAGUGUUAAUCAUA